CGUGGAUUUCGUCGAUCGGCCUGGGAGCUGUUUUGUAUGGUUUGACUUGCCGGCUUCUUCUUUCCUGAUCCACAAUUAAAAUGGCUCCUCCAAUUAGCCAGCGAGGUACCGUAUUUAAAACUGAUCCYGGUAGCGAUGACAAAGCUAAAGCUCAGCUGGAUGAGAUGGUGAAAAAAGCRGARUCAUGYGAGCGAGGAGUACGAGCGAUCUUGCUUGGUCCUCCAGGGUCGGGGAAAGGAACACAGGCUCCUAAAUUAGCCGAGAGAUACUGUGUGUGUCACCUUGCUACAGGUGACAUGCUCAGAGCUGUAGUUGCAUCUGGCUCUGCUCUCGGGAAGAAAGUCAAACAAGUCAUGGACUCUGGCCAGCUUGUCAGCGAUGACCUUGUUGUGGAGUUGAUUGACGAUAACUUUAGCAAACCUGAAUGUCAAAACGGUUGGCUGCUGGAUGGCUUUCCAAGAACAGUGGUGCAGGCUGAAAAGCUUGAUGGAUUACUAGAGAAGAGAAAAACCCUUCUAGAUGCAGUUGUAGAGUUUGCCAUUGAUGAUUCAUUGCUUGUCAAGCGAAUCACUGGAAGACUCCUUCACAAAGCAAGUGGAAGGACAUACCAUACAGAGUUCAAUCCUCCAAAAGUUGCAAUGAAAGAUGAUAUUACUGGUGAAGCUCUUGAACGUCGAUCUGAUGACAAUGAAGCUACUCUCACCAAGCGUCUGGAAGCCUACCACAAGCAAACGGCGCCUCUUAUUGAUUAUUAUCAGAGACGAGGAAUUCAUUACAAGAUCGAUGCUUCUCGUCCUCCAAGUGAAGUUACUGGUACUGUUCUCAAAGCCUUUGAAGCAGCACAUGCCCGCUUUGGAAAAUCCACUUAAUUUGUGAACAGAUUUGAGAAUGAAUUCUUGGCAAUAAAAUUGUAAUUUUGAUUUUAAAGACCUAAA